UCAGAACAUAAAAUAGGGAAAAAGCUAAAUGAAGGAAAGACCAAGGAAGUGUAUGAACUACUGGAUUGUCCAGGACAAGUGUUGAUCAAAUCCAAGGACCAGAUUACAGCUGGAAAUGCAGCCAGGAAGGACCAAAUGGUUGACAAGGCUGCUAUCUCUACUAAAACUACCGUGUCUGUCUUCAGACUACUGCAGGAGGCUGGAUGAUGCCAACAAUGAUCCACAGUGGUCUGAAGAACAAGUGAUUGAAGCUCAUUUUAACUGUGGAGGACUGCAAAUUGAACGGUGUGAAGUAGAUAUCAUGAAUCGUACCACCUUGGCUGUGUUUGAGAUAUUGGAGAAGGCCUGGGCAACUCAAGACUGUACACUUGUGGAUAUGAAAGUGGAAUUUGGAGUUUGUGCUUCUACCAAGGAGAUUUUACUUGCUGAUGUGAUUGACAAUGACUCUUGGAGAUUGUGGCCUUUAGGGGAUCGAAGCCUGCAAAAGGAUAAACAGGUUUAUCGUGAUCUCAAAGAAGUAACGCCUGAAGCUAUGCAAGUAGUCAAGAGAAACUUUGAAUGGGUAGCAGAAAGAGUACAGAAUCUGCUAGUGACAAACUUUUUCAAAAGAGUGGUGGUAAUUAUGGGAUCCAGCAGUGAUCUUGGCCAUGGCCAAAAAAUAAAACAAGCAUGUGCAAGCUAUAGCAUACCUUGUGAACUGAGGAUUUCAUCAGCUCAUAAGGGUACAGAUGAGACAUUGAAAAUUAAAGCAGAAUAUGAAGGUGAUGGUGUUCAUACAGUAUUUGUGGCAGUUGCUGGCAGAAGUAAUGGUUUGGGACCAGUGCUGUCUGGAAACACUACUUGUCCUGUUAUAAACUGCCCUCCCAUAUCUGCUGAUUGGGGUGCUGAAGAUAUUUGGUCGUCACUGCGAAUGCCUAGUGGUCUUGGCUGCUCCACUGUUCUGUUUCCUGAGGCAGCUGCCCUUUUUGCUGCUCAGAUCUUUGGUCAAUUUGACCAUUUAGUGUGGGCCAAGCUACGGGCAAACAUUUUGACAAACUGGAUCUCCUUGAAGCAAGCUGACAAGCUGUUAAGACAUACGUGAUCAAUAAGUUUCACCUUCUUGGACCUGGCGGAGCCAAGGCGCCAAGCGUCAUACGGCGGGAGGGCGUAGGAGGCAGGUUUCUGUGUAGGCGAACAGCAAGAUGGACAAUGGCAAGCAUCCAGGAAUGCAUCA